UGGAGCGACCAAACCAAAAAUCGAUUUUCAAGUCCUGUUGUAGACAUAUUUGUCAAGUGAGAAUCGCAACUCCUUCGAUCUCUCUUUAUAUCAUCACGUCCUGCGUAUCUUUUUUCACACAGAUACACACACACAGAGAUUCAAUCUAUUUUCGCGUCCAAUCGUCUGCAACAUGAAGAAGGAGGACACCGUGAAGCUGAUCAGCGCCGAGGGCUUCGAAUUCGUCAUCGACAAGAAGGCGGCCAUGGUUUCUCAGACCAUCCGAAACAUGCUUACCUCUCCAGGGGGUUUCGCUGAAACGGAGCUAGGAGAAGUUACAUUUCCGGAGAUAAGCACAACUAUUCUGGAGAAGAUAUGCCAGUACUUUUACUGGUCUCUUCAGUAUGCUAGUGGAAAGGAAACUGAGUUUCACAUUGAACCUGAAUUAACUUUGGAGCUGAUGAUGGCUGCUAAUUAUCUUCACACUUGAGUUGGGAUCACCUUUCUUGCUUAUUGGGCGACAAGAACUGUCGAGCAUUGUCCUAUUGAAGACGGUUUCGUUGCUCAAGCUCCAAAUAUGCGAAGAUUACUGUAAUAGCGGUGGACUGCAAGCUUGUCUGGUUUAGUGUUUAAAUUUGAUUAUUGCACUUGGGAACAGACCCAAAGAACUUACCUAGCCAAAUUUAAUGCAGCUAUGGAAGAAUGUAACUAUGUCAUUGUGGAUUUAACAAACAAUGCAAUACGUAGAACUAAUAUGGUUAUGGAUUGAAUAUAUUAAGUUGUACACGAAUUUCUCUUUUUUUGAUCUAAUUUAAGCGAGUUUAGUAAUGUAA